GGGUGGGUAAGGAAAAAAAGAGGUGGGUUCGCCUGGAGUCUUUGCGGCCGCAGCGGCCCGGACGGCACCCGCCCCUCUCCCCUCUGCGAAUAGCAGCGCUGGGGCCGUGGUGAGAGCUAGCAGCUGGCCCGUGACCAUGGCCUUGGCUUGACAGAGGCUCCGGGACGGCCGGGCGGGUGAGGACUGUAGGGCCGGACGACGCCCGCGAGAGCCGGGCCCAGAGACCCGCCCGGCGGCAGUGACGGGUGCCCUGCCCAGAGGCCUGGGCCAGCUCUGCAGCGAGAAAAGGAAGCGGGGUCUCAGGGCCCCUUUGUGUGAAGGGCGAAGGAGGUGUUGGGGCAGCCCCUGGCUACGGGCUUCUCCGUCGCAAGCCUGCCCGUGAGGGCCCCUUGGUCUGCGGCCUCCAGCCCUUCCCCCAGAGGGGCGCGUUUCAUCUCCCCACCCUCGCUGGGCUUUUCCAGGCGCGCCCUCCUCCCCACGCCCCCGGCCUAGGCUUCAGUUCCUAUAGGAGGGGCAUUACCAUCCAUCCCCACCCACCCCGACUCUUCACUCUCUCCCCUCCCCCGCCCUUAACUUCCUCUUCUUCCUCCGUCGGGCCCUCCGCUUCUCAGCGUUCUCCUCCCGAGUUCGCAGAUUUCCGCCCACCUUCCGCCUCCCCAAGCUGCGCCGCAGUUAGCGGGGCUUUAUUUUUCUUCCCUCGUGUAGGAGUUGGUGAAGGUGAGAUUCAUGAGGGAAUACAAGGUAGUGGUGUUAGGGAGCGGAGGGGUUGGCAAGUCUGCCCUGACUGUGCAGUUUGUCACUGGGACUUUCAUUGAGAAAUAUGACCCCACCAUUGAAGAUUUCUACCGCAAAGAGAUCGAAGUGGACUCUUCUCCGUCGGUGCUAGAAAUUCUGGACACCGCAGGAACUGAGCAGUUUGCCUCCAUGAGAGAUCUCUACAUCAAAAACGGCCAAGGUUUCAUCCUGGUUUAUAGUCUCGUUAAUCAGCAGUCUUUUCAGGAUAUCAAGCCAAUGAGAGAUCAGAUUGUCCGAGUGAAGAGAUAUGAAAAAGUCCCACUAAUCCUAGUAGGAAAUAAAGUGGAUCUGGAACCAGAAAGAGAGGUUAUGUCUUCAGAAGGCAGAGCACUGGCUCAAGAAUGGGGCUGUCCUUUCAUGGAGACAUCGGCAAAAAGUAAAUCAAUGGUGGAUGAACUUUUUGCUGAGAUCGUCAGGCAAAUGAACUAUUCAUCCCUGCCCGAGAAGCAAGAUCAGUGUUGUACAACUUGUGUUGUCCAGUAAAAAAGAUAACCUCAAUCAUGGCCAUACCGAGCAG